AAAGGUUCUGUGUGGACGGCUAAGUGUUGUAUUCAUUUGAGGCUGGACAAGAACUUCUAACUUUUGGCAGCUGAAGAUGUUGUUACUAUGGAAACAAAUGUUCCUGCUUUCCUUCACUGGCUGCUUUGGAGAUCCUGAAAACUUAAAGACAAAAAUGAGAAGUACUGUGUCGGUACGAGAAGGGCAAGGGGUUGUUCUGUUGUGUGGGCCACCAACACAUUCUGGAGAACUUUCUUAUGCUUGGAUCUUCAACGAAUACCCUUCUUUUGUGCAAGAAGACAGUCGACGAUUUGUUUCUCAGGAAACUGGGCACCUCUACAUAGCCAAAGUAGAGCCAUCUGAUGUAGGAAAUUACACGUGUGUUGUGACCAGUACUAUAACAAACACCCACAUUCUUGGCUCGCCAACACCCUUAGUACUGCGUACUGAUGGUGUAAUGGGAGAAUAUGAACCCAAAAUAGAAGUGCAGUUUCCUGAAACACUGCCUGCUGCUAAAGGCUCAACUGUAAAAUUGGAAUGCUUUGCUCUUGGAAACCCAGUGCCUCGGAUAAACUGGAGAAGAACAGACGGAUCCCCUUUUCCAAGUAAAGUAAUGUUAAGGAAGUCCAAUGGCAUGAUUGAAAUUCCCAAUUUUCAACAAGAAGACGCUGGACUGUAUGAGUGUAUUACUGAAAACUCUAGAGGAAAAAAUAUUGCAAGAGGACGCCUCACAUAUUAUGCAAAACCUCACUGGAUUCAACUGAUAAAGGAUUUUGAAGCUGCUGUAGAAGACAACUUAUACUGGGAGUGCAGGGCAAGUGGCAAACCAAAACCAUCCUACAGAUGGCUGAGAAAUGGAGAGCCUCUAGCAAUAGAGGGAAGAAUACAAAUUGAAAAUGGGGCCUUGAUCAUAACAAAUCUAAACUUGACAGAUUCUGGCAUAUACCAGUGUAUAGCAGAAAACAAGCAUGGCACUAUAUAUUCCAGUGCUGAUCUCAGAGUUAUAGCAUCUGCUCCUGAUUUCUCUAAAAAUCCAAUGAAGAAGCUACUUCAGCUUUUAAUGGGCAGCACAGCUCAUUUUGAGUGCAAGCCAAAAGCUUCCCCUAAAGCAAUGAUUACUUGGAAAAAGGGAGGUGAGCUGCUCCAAGAAAAUGAAAGAAUUUCAUUGUUAAAAGAUGAAGGCCUCCGAAUAGCUAAUGUGAGUAAAUCAGAUGCUGGAAGUUAUACUUGCCUGGCAGAGAACCAGUUUGGAAAAGCUAGCAGCUCAACCAGCUUAUUAGUUACAGAACCAACCCGGAUAACUCUGGCACCUUCAAACAUGGAUGUUACUGUAGGGGAAAGUGUAAUCUUGCCAUGUCAAGUCCAGCAUGAUCCCUUGCUGGAUGUAAGUUUCACAUGGUAUUUUAACAGUGCAUUGACUGACUUCAGAAAAGAUGCAUCUCACUUUGAAAGAGUAGGUGGGAGUGCAUCAGGAGAUUUAAUGAUUAGGAAUAUCCAGCUGAAACAUAGUGGAAAAUAUGUGUGCAUGGUCAAGACAGAGGUGGAUAGUGUAUCAUCUGCAGCAGAGCUGAUAGUGCGAGGCUCACCUGGACCACCUGAACAUGUAAAAGUGGAUGAAAUAACAGCUACCACAGCUCGGCUCUCUUGGUAUGAGGGCUUAGAUAAUCACAGCCCAAUCACUGGUUAUACUGUACAAGCCAGGACACCAUUUUCGGUGGGUUGGCAAAGAGUCACAACAGUUCCUGAAGUAAUAGAUGGGACAACAUUCACAGCUACUGCAGUAGACUUGAACCCCUGGGUUGAAUAUGAAUUUCGUAUUGUUGCCAGUAACAAAAUUGGAGGUGGAGAACCUAGUUUACCCUCUGAAAAAGUAAGAACUAAAGAGGCAGUUCCGGAAGUACCACCAUCUGAAGUAAGUGGAGGAGGUGGCAGCAGAUCUGAAUUAGUCAUCACAUGGGAUCCUGUUCCUGAAGAAUUACAAAAUGGUGAAGGAUUUGGCUAUGUUGUUGCUUUCCGACCUCUUGGUGUUACAACUUGGAUACAGACAGUUGUGACAUCACCUGACACACCCAGAUACGUCUUUAGAAAUGAAAGUAUCUUGCCAUUUUCUCCAUAUGAAGUCAAAGUUGGUGUGUAUAAUAAUAAAGGAGAAGGACCAUUUAGUCCAGUGACUACAGUGUACUCUGCUGAAGAGGAGCCUACUGUAGCACCUUCUGGUGUAUCUGCAAGCAGUCUCUCAUCUUCUGUAAUUGAAGUAUCCUGGAUUUCCAUUCCUUGGAAAAUGAGUAGUGGGAGGUUGCUUGGUUAUGAGGUAAGAUACUGGAAUAAUGGUGGAAAAGAACAGACUUCUAACAGAGUAAAAGCCAUUGGAAAUGAGACAUCAGUAAGAAUAACAGGCUUGAGGAGCAACCUGGUGUACUUCACAACUGUUCGUGCAUACAACAGCGCAGGAGCAGGUCCUUUUAGUGCCACCGUGAAUGCAACCACGAAAAAAACACCACCCAGCCAGCCUCCAGGAAACAUUGUGUGGAAUGUUACAGACUCCAGGGUAGUGCUGAAUUGGGAGCAGGUGCACGCAAUGGAAAAUGAGUCGGAAGUAAUUGGCUAUAAGGUUCUAUACCGGACUAGCAAUCAGAACCAGCUCAGUGUCCUGAUCACAAACAGAACCUCUGCAGAAAUUCUACUGCCUUUAAAUGAUGACUAUAUUAUAGAAGUGAAAGCAGCAACUGAUGGUGGAGAUGGCAUUAGCAGUGAACAGAUUAAGAUUCCCAAACUAGCAAGUAUGGACGCAAGAGGCUCUGGUGCAGCAAUCUUAAAUAAUCAGCCCAGGUUUAUGUCAAUAACACUUUUCUUGAUUUCCAAAGUCUUGUGGUGAUGCAUUCUCAUGCAUAGGCCAAGCUCUGGAGAAUCAUUUGCUUAACAAGUGCUUUUUAGAACAACAAUAACAACAGCAGCAGAUGGUGGUUAUGCAUGGAUCUACUGCCACUCUGAAUUUAAACUCGUUCUAUGAUUUUGGAUAUUUCAUUCAAAACAAAACAAAAACAAAUCAUACACACAUUAACUGGUUCCUUCUGAAGGAAUAUAAAAUGCCUUAAAAUGUAAUGAACCAAAGGAGUUUUUGCAUUACAUGCUUCAGAAAUGACAAAAAUAAGUCGAUGAGCAUUGUGAAAAGUUUUGAGAGUUCCAUUUUCCAAGUAACACCAAAUUAUUUCAACAUAGAUUGCAGCACAGCUAUCCUAAUACACUAAAAAUGGAAGACAAAAACAGAUUUGUGGUGUAGCAAUGUUUGAUGGAGAACUUUGAAUUGUUUUCUAAAAGUCUCACAGCACUGAAUUAUAUUUGGAUAAAAUUUUGCACUGGUCUUUUGUUUAAUGACCUCAUCUGUCAUAGAUUAUUUAUAUAUAAAUAUAUGUACAUACAUACAUAUAGAAAAGACCUUGUUCUCUCUAAAGCCCAUUUAACCCACCCACACAUCCACUUAUUUGUAAACUUUACAUGCCUGCUCAGUUUUUUAAAAAAAACAUAUCACAAAUUCAGUUUCUAGUAAUCUAAUUUUUUCCUCUACAUUUCUUAAUCUUGCUUUAAUUAUGGAGGGAAAUUGAUAUGGGUUCCCCUGUGAACUCUUAAGUUGUAGGGGAACUGUCUACAUAACAUAACAUCAUGACUUAGAUAUCAAGGCACUCAAAAGUGUUUUUAUUUUCAUGUUUGGAGCACGGAGUGGCUACAAUAUCCUCUGCUUGGUCUUUCCUCCUGUUAUGGUGCUCCCAUAGAGAGCUGUUUUUCACAAGGCAAGUGUAGUGAAUCUCUGCUAUCCUUUAGCUCUAAUCUGCUUUGUUUUCUUUCUGUUGUUCAGACAUAAUCCUGACCUCCACCCGAAAAAAUCUUUAGGCUGCUGAAUAUACAGUGUGUGUGU